AUGGCCUUUGGUUGCAGCCCAUCCGAUGUGCUGAAGUUAUUAGAGAUCUCCACUCGUGUUUAUCUCGCUUUUAAAGAUGCAAACGAGAACUCCGAAGCGCAAGUAACUGCACUUGUGAAGGAAUUUACUACUUUCCAUUGCUGUCUUACAGAGCUGGGUGAGCUCAUGCGACAAUAUGGCCAACCGAUGCCGUUUCCUGUCAAGGACUUCGAAACAACCCUGAAGAGAUGCGAGAUAACACUUGACCCAUAUGCAGACCACCUGGUAGAUAAGAAGAUGGGCAUUAGAAAGGUCCUAUACACGGUCAGGUACAUGGGAAUGGAGAAAGAGAUCGAUGGUCUGAGAAAACAGAUCACUGGUCAUUACCAAGCGCUUCACAUGUGCAUAUCUUUCCUUCAACUGCGCCUUCACCUCGAAGCAACAAAGCAAACCCAACGGCUUCUCGACGCUGUGCCCUCUCGUACCAUGCACUUAGCAGGUCGGUCCUACUCUACGAACACGCUUGGACUAUCAUCGGAACGAACUCCAUUGGCACUUCCCGCUCCAGAUGAACAUCCUUUGUUCAGCGAAUGGAGAAUCUUCGACCGCUGGUUACAAGUGGAAGACGAGCGUAUCACACAUGAAUCAGGGCUCACUCGGCCCUUGUCACUGGGCGAUGCGCCCGCAGGAGCACCAAGUGGGGAUGCUCAGACGGCCGCUAUAUUAUAUCAGCUUCGAAGACAGGUUGACGAUGCUAUCAUGAUCGAAGAAAACCGUGCAAAGCGAACAGGUGCUGAGAAGAGAUCACACCUUGCGCCAAGUGAUGCGAUGAAGCUGACGGUACGCAACAUGCCGCCAGCGCCAUUGCGGACAUAUACGCUUGAUACCGAUCACUCUGGUAAUUUCACGGACUUUGAGCAGCACCAAAUGAGCAGUUCCUCUGCUACUAUACGACCUCAUGCGAACACACCCUUGCCGUCUCCACAACUGUCCGGUAGUCCUCAUGCAAGCCCUUCCUUUGGUUCGGUCGAUUGGAUGAAUUCCCCUACGGGAAGUUCCACCUCGCAAGAUUUUGAAAGAGUUCCUUCCAUCUCUUCGCCCAGAGGUAGCACAAGCUACUCGCCUGAUUCCCAACCGUCGGUACAAGAGCCAGGUACAAAUACAGAGGGUACCACUCCUGAGAGCCCCAUGCCAAACCAUUUUAGGAGCCGCCUCUCAUGCACAUCCCUCGUCACUAUUGCGUUGGGUAAAGCUGCACUCGACUGGAAGCGUAUCUGUCUCACUGUUCAAGUUGAGCGAAAAUCUGUGAAGUAUGGGCACGAGAGCAGAGAUUGCGAUUUAAGAUGGCGAUACAGAGAAGAUACUGGCAUAUCCAUACGUGCAGUGUAUCACUCAAGCCAAGACGGUAAGCUGCGAAGCUGGACCGAACAGCAUUUCCACGCUACCGGGCCGUCCAUACCCCUCACGACUACCUACGCGGAUGGCGCAGUAUCUAUCGACUUUCCACGCGGCUCGUUUGGAAAGCUGGAAAAGCAGUAUACGGAUAUUAAGUAUACUUUCACAGGCUACGAGCCAGCAGGGAAGUUUCAAACGCUACUCUAUACGAACAACGGCGCAGACCCCGCGGAACUCAAGUACGAUCGGCCUGUCAUAACAAUAUCGUCCAACCUGCACGCCACCGAAUGUAGGGGUCGAAAUCUGCGGCUCUGGAAUCGUACCGUGACACGCUUAGGAGAUGACGGACUUGCCACUUUCGAAGUCCUCGUGUUGUUGUUCUACACGAGCGCGCUGGAGGACAAGGGCCAUUGGGUUGAGGAGCCACAUUACGCAUUUGAGUGGCUAACCGAGUCAACUUAUAGAAAAGAGAGCGACAAGUUAACACUUGUUUUUUCCAGGGACCCAUCGCGAUGGACGAGCGAUAAGCUCUUCCAGCGCCGCAGAUCUUCGGCACGUGCCGAACAACAGCCGAAGAGUCCAUCCAUCUUCUCACGAAAACGCAACGACUCUAUGGAGAUGCCACAGCCAAAUCGCUCAACAACUGGUGUUUCGGUAUUGUCCAAUGGGUCUAUGAAGUCCCAGGGGAGUAUUCAUGGAGAUGGAGCAACUUCUUCAAGGGCCGGCAAUAUCAAUCGCUUUGGUUACUCGGAGCUAGAGAUCAGGUUCCAGAGUAAGGCUGAUCGUAGGGCUUUUCUCGGAGUGUGGAAGCAAUACGUCAGACCUCUGAGGGGGGUUGCUUAA